UUACUUCCCGUGUCCCUCUGUCUUAGUCCUAUUUGGCUAUUUCCAUUUUUAACAUAAACUCCACUUACCGUAAUCAUGUACACAAUUUCUUCCUUCUCAUUAACUUGUUCACUCGCACCCAACAUAUAUACAUGAUACUAGUACCUCUAGGAGCAUUAGAUAAUAAGAGCAUCAUGGGUAGGCUAUGGUGCUCUUCUUUCAUGAUCAUACUAUUACUAUUACUCCAACAACUGAGAUUGUGUGUUAGUUGGAGUGAGGAAACCCCAACACCCCCAUUGCCAAUUCUCCCUCUCCCAUCAUAUUCCCAGUUGAAAUGGCAACAAAGGGAGAUCAUAAUGUUCCUCCAUUUUGGUGUCAACACAUUCACUGACAACGAAUGGGGCACUGGCCAAGAAAGCCCAGCAAUCUUCAAUCCCACAGGGCUCAACACAACCCAGUGGGCCACUGUGGCAGCAGAUGCAGGAAUUUCCUUGAUGAUAUUAACUGCAAAACACCAUGAUGGCUUCUGCCUCUGGCCUUCUAAGUACACUCACCAUUCUGUCAUUAGCAGCCCCUGGCAAGGUGGCAAGGGUGAUGUUCUUAAAGACUUUGUCAAUGCAGCCACUGCACAGGGAAUUGAUGUUGGGAUCUACCUUUCACCUUGGGAUAGACAUGACCCUAGAUAUGGUAAUGAUUUGCUCUACAACCAAUACUACUUGGCUCAACUGCAAGAGUUGCUCCACAAGUAUCAAAAUGUAAGAGAAAUUUGGUUCGAUGGAGCAAAGGGUGCCAAUGCAAAAAACAUGUCGUAUUACUUUUCAGAUUGGUUUUCCAUGGUGAAGGCGUUGCAGAGUUCCAUCAACAUCUUCUCUGACGCCGGUCCUGAUGUUAGGUGGGUGGGAGAUGAAUCAGGCUCUGCAGGGGACACAUGUUGGUCUACCGUUAACCGAACCUCUCUAUCAAUUGGAGCUUCAAACAUCACUCAGUAUCUGAACACUGGCGAUCCAAAAGGAACAGAUUGGCUACCAGCGGAAUGUGAUGUCUCAAUUCGAGAUGGAUGGUUUUGGCAUAAGUCACAAACACCAAAAAAGCUAAGCGAGUUACUUGAUAUUUAUUACAAUUCAGUUGGAAGAAAUUGUGUGUUACUUCUCAAUGUUCCUCCUAAUACAACUGGCCUUAUACCUCAUUCUGAUGCUCAAAGAUUGAAAGAAUUUAAAAGUGCAAUUGACACAAUUUUUCAUGAGAAUCUUGCUGAAGAUUGUUUUAUUAAAGUUAGUAGCCAAAGAGGGGGUUUCGGAGCAGAAAACAUGCUAGACAGUGACCACAUGUGGUCAUAUUGGGCCCCAAGCGAUAAUGAUGGCGGAAAGGACCAUUGGGUUGAAAUUUGGGCCAAGGACGAGGGCUUGAGAUUCAAUGUGAUUAGAAUACAAGAGGCCAUUGGACUUGGUCAAAGGAUCAAACGGCAUGAAAUCUAUGUGGAUGGUAAAUUGAUGAUCAAAGGGACAACAGUGGGUUACAAGAGGCUUCACAGGGCUGAUGGGGGUGAGGUGCAUGGUCGUGUUGUGAGGAUCAGAAUCAUAAAGGCAAGAGGAGUGCCUCUUCUUUCUUCCAUUGGCUUGCAUUUUGAUCCUUUCUGGCACUCCAAGUUUACUGUAAACUGAAGAUCUAUAUUUGGAAGAAUCUGCAUAGAGGUUGUCUUUUGAAGAAUAUUCAAAUAUUAUUCUAUCAAUAAAGAACAAAAAUAAAUAAAUUCCUUACUUUUGA